AUGGAUCCUGUUAUUCCAGAUAUCGAGUUAUUAGAAAUUUCAGAACAGAAGUCUCGAUUGAGUUUUGUGGAAAGUACAGAGAACAGAGUUCUGCCCAUAAAACGGCCUGACAAAGGGGGCACGGUUGCUGUCAGGUCGGUAAGGCUAUUUGCCAACCAUUUUCCAGUCAGAUUCAAUCCAGAGAGCACCAUAAUGCACUAUGAUGUUGAUAUUAAACCAGAUAUGUCUCUCAGUAGUCGCUCUUCAAGAAAACCAAUUCCGAAAUCUGAUCUGCGUUUGAUCAGGGACAAGCUAUUCUCUGAUGAUCCCACCCGAUUUCCUUUGCAAAUGACUGCAUAUGAUGGUGAGAAGAACAUCUUCAGUGCAGUGUCACUGCCCACUGGGCAUUUCAAGGUGGAAUUGUCUGAUGGUGAUGACACGAAGAGUCGCUCGUAUAUAUUUACUAUUAAAUUAGUAAAUGAGCUCAAGUUUUGCAAACUAAAAGAGUACUUAAGUGGAAAUCUCCUUUAUAUCCCUCGUGAUAUAUUACAAGGGAUGGAUUUGGUAAUGAAGGAGAAUCCAUCUAGGCAUAGGAUCUCUGUUGGUCGGAGCUUUUAUUCUAGAGAAUUCAGGGUGGAAGAUGACCUUUACUAUGGUCUGGCAGCUUUUAGAGGCUUUCAACAGAGUCUAAAGGCCACCUCCCAGGGUCUAGCCCUGUGCUUAGACUAUUCUGUGUUGGCAUUUCGCAAGCGACUGCCAGUCAUGGACUUCCUUAAGGAGCAUGUUAAUGGUUUUCGAGAAGUAAAUGAUGUAAAAAGGUUAAUAAGAGAAGUGACAAGUACCUUAAAAGGAUUGAAAGUUACUGUAACUCACCGUGUGACCAAGCAGAAGUACACUAUUGCAGGCUUGACCAAUAAAAAUGCACGAGAUACUACAUUCAUUCUUGAAGAUCCAGAGGGCAAGCAUCAACCUAGGGAAAUUGGCAUUGUCGAAUAUUUCAGGGAGAAAUAUAACAAGGAAGUUAUCUAUAAGGAUAUACCCUGUUUAAAUCUAGGAAAAAGUAAUAAGAUAAAUUAUGUACCUAUGGAAUUCUGUGUUUUGGUUGAGGGGCAGAGAUACCCGAAGGAGCAGCUGGAUAGAGACACUGGCCUGUUCUUGAAGGAUAUAUCACUGGCUCCACCGAAGGAAAGAAAGAACAACAUCUGUGAGAUGGUUCGAGCUGGGGAUGGACCUUGUGGAGAGGUCGCUCGAAAUUUUGAUAUUGCAGUUGAGAGCAACAUGACAAGGGUGUUAAGUCGUGUCAUCCAGCCACCUGAUUUGAAGCUAGGUACUCCCAGUGGCAAGUUGAAUAUGGUAAAAGUUGACAGGGAGAAGUGUCAUUGGAAUCUUCUUGGGAAAUCUAUGGUUGAAGGCAUACCGGUCGAGCGAUGGGCCUUAGUAGAUUUCAGUUCAUUUGAUCGUUAUAAACUGAAUGUUGAGAAUUUCAUUUACAAUCUGAUAAAUAGAUUCAGAAAUCUAGGGAUCCGCAUGGAGGAGCCUGUUGCGCGUCGUUUAACCAGCAUGCGUGAAUUCUCUAGUGUCAAUGGGCUUCAAGAACUUCUUGAAGGUGUAGUUAAGGAGGCUAGUGGGAAAUGUAAGGGCCGAUUGCAAAUUGUUGUUUGUGUGAUGACUGCUAAGCAUCCCGGCUACAAGCAUCUUAAAUGGGUUUCUGAGACCCAGGUUGGAAUAGUUACUCAAUGUUGCUUGGCAAGUGAAGCAAACAAAGGUAAGGACCAGUAUCUUGCAAACCUUGCUCUCAAGAUUAAUGCCAAGCUUGGGGGUGAAGAACCUGUUAUGUUUGUUGGGGCUGAUGUCAACCACCCUGGUGCAUUGAAUUCAACAUGCCCAUCAAUAGCAGCAGUGGUUGCGACAAUGAAUUGGCCUGCUGCCAAUCGCUAUGCUGCUCGGGUUUGCCCCCAAAACCAUCGGAAGGAGAAGAUUCUUAAUUUUGGGACCAUGUGUUUGGAUCUAGUCAACACUUAUGCUCAGCUUAACCAAAUGAAGCCAAAGAAAAUUGUGGUUUUCCGUGAUGGUGUAAGUGAAGGCCAGUUUGAUAUGGUUCUCAAUGAAGAGUUACUUGAUCUGAAGAGGGCCAUAUAUGAGGAGCAUUACUGCCCAACUAUUACUCUUGUUGUUGCCCAGAAGCGACACCAGACCCGCCUGUUUCUUGAGAAUGAGAGGGAUGGAGGUGCAUCUAGAAAUGUGCCUCCAGGAACAGUUGUGGAUACAACAAUUGUUCAUCCCUUCGAGUUUGAUUUUUAUCUUUGCAGCCAUUAUGGAAGCCUUGGGACAAGCAAGCCUACGCACUACUAUGUCCUCUGGGAUGAGCACAACUUUACAUCUGAUCAGUUACAGAGGCUGAUAUAUAACUUGUGCUUCACCUAUGCUCGAUGCACCAAGCCUGUCUCGCUUGUGCCUCCAGUGUAUUAUGCUGACCUUGUUGCGUACAGGGGACGUAUGUUUCAAGAGGUGGUGAUGGAGUUCACAUCUCCUCCUUCAGUAUCAUCUUCAUCUUCUCGUGCAUCAUCAUCUUCUUCGUCUACUGCUUCACUUAACGAGAGGUUCUACAAACUGCACCCGGACCUCCAGAAUGUCAUGUUUUUUGUUUGA